ACAACUUCAUCAAUGGCCGACACCACUCCAACCUUCAGUCCGGGCAUCUUUGAAGUGGACUUGAUAUUCCCACGCAAUGAAACUUACGCCCCUCAUACACUGCUGCCCGUCGUGUUUGCGCUGCAGAAUCCGCCUUUAGCUUUUCCUGUGGCUGCUUGGAUCUCCUGGUCGUUGUGGGAAGGCAAUAACUUGACUUCCCCAGGUUCCAUCACCGACGGGGUUAUUGAGCUGGCUUUAUUGAACCUCACAUCUACCGAGCCUCUCCUUGUCACCCGCUUCAUUGACACGAUUCCCUAUCCGAACGGCUUCUGGACCUUUGAAUGGAGCCUGCAAAUGGACAUGUGCUCUGCGGGAUACGGCCCAGGUCAAUUCAUCGACACAAACAGUACGACCGUCUUCACUAUCAGCCAGUCAGGUCAGGCUCCGGAUCUCGUGGCAGCCACAUCUUCUGAUAAGUGCGGCACGAUGAAAGCCUAUGCGUACAACAUAACCGCUGAGGGGGAGUCAUGCGGCUACUUUGGGCCCAGCCCGACUACCAAUCCAUGCGCCGUGACGGUCAAUGCUGCCGCAGCAUCCAGUGUGAUGGCGGCGGGCACCGCGCUCGCCUGCGACCCUCUAGAGUCGUCAAUAUACCCCAAUGUUACUUGUCCGCCUGUUUCGGUCUCAUCCUCCAACGUCGCGGGACAAUAUCACAUGGCAGCAGCACCGACCUUGCUUACGCUGUUGGCCGUAGUGAGUGGGUUGAUUCACCUUGGAUGACAACGAUGUAUCUAGUGCACUGGUAGCGAGCCCUGGCCUCAAUAGGCAAAGCAGCC